AUGGAAUCGGUUGGACAUCAUGUGGCGGUACCGUUGCGCGUCGGUGGCAAAAAGAUGCGCAAGCGGCGCGAACUAGACGCACUGGUGGCACAUUCGCUAGCGAAGAGCUCCAAAGGUGGACGACAUGCGGCCAGCAACGGGGUAGCAUCGCACGAUCAACUGCUGUCGAAUUCAACCGACGAACAAGAAGACUAUUCUUGGCAACCGAAGGUUCGCACACAGUCCCGGUGCCGGACGAAACGAUUCUCCUGCUUGCGCACCUGCGGUCCGCUUCUGUUCGUGUCCUGCAUCUUCAUCUCGCUGGGCUUCAUGUACUGGCUGUAUUUCGAUAUCCGGCAGCAGAUAUCGCAGUAUCGCAUCCGCAUCGAGCAAGUUUCAGCAACUAGUCAAAAUGUUCCCGAUGCACUGCAGAAAUGGCAUGAAACGUCCAAAAACUUGGAACAAAAUCAAACAGCACUCAAUGGCAAGCUACGAGAAAUGCAGCAAGUACUCACAAACUUCUUUGCCGAGCUCAAACAACUCCGGGAGACGAUCGACAAGAAGAACGAAAACUCACAAGAAGCACAGCUUAAUCGCUUACAGUCGAGUGUGGCCGACCUGGGCUCCAACAUAGGGGAUUCGAAUUCUCGUAUCGGGUUGCUCGAAACACGCUUCGAUACGAUACAGGCCGACCAGAAGCAGCUAAACAAAACGCUCGAAGAUCUCCAGAAAUUAUUCAGUCGCAUUCAGAACAGUACCGUCGUUACGGAUAUUAUCGGUGGGGAUGGUAUGGCGAAGGGUAUGGAGAAAACGAUAGCUGAACUGCGUGAUCAGCUUACUGGGCAACUGAACAAUCUAGCCCAAAAUGUAACCGGUGAGCUGCAGGUGUUAAAGCAGAAAAAUCUAUGGCUCGAAUCGGACCUGAGCAAUCAGACCAAGCGCAUCGAGCAACUGUUUGAUAAUACCGUGAACAUAUCCUCGCACGUACUAUCGAUCGAGGCCGUUUGGCUGGAGGCACGCAACAACGCAAGUGUGCUCGAAGCGGAUCGCAAGAUUAUUAACGAGCAGCUAGGCGCACUGGCGAACGUAACAACCGGGCUGCACGGUACGAUCGAAAAGGUGCAGGAAGAGUGCCAGCAGUAUCACAGCAAGCUCGACGAGGUCAGAGGGAAGCUCGGUGAGCUGCAGGACCAAAUACAGCAGAACGCGGCUAGGAAGGAAUCAUCGUUACAUCGAGCAGGCGAAUCAAACGGAACGCAACAGGUGAAGAAUGAUAAUUUGCCGCCCAACUUAUCGCAAUUUUUCGAUGAACAACAAACAGCCAGUACGGCUAGUGCGCGCCCUUCUGCUCCGCCCAAACCGACCGCUGCAUCGUCCAGCACCAGCACAACGAGUACUACUACAGCUUCGCUGACCAAGCUGCUGUAUCCUGGUACGCUGGUGCAACAGCUAUCCACCACACCGCAACCAGCCAGUACCAAAAUGGCGGACCUGGCAGCGCCCGUAGGUGGAAACACCAUGAGCAAAAAAUCGGAUGGACCUUUCGAUUCCGUAAUGUAA